AUGUAUGAUGCAUAUAUCAGCUUAAAUUUUUUUCCGGUCACCAACCGGAAAAAACCCUUCAUCCUUAGGGGUGGAUUCAGUGUUAUAGAUGUUGAGAAUUCUACAGCAAUUGAGGUCGCAUCUUUCAAGGCUCUCAAAGGCAACAGGUUGUCAAUAAGACUUAAAGCCUUGGGAGAAGCAACAUGGUCUGUGGCUGUGAAGAGAAAGUUUAGUGACUUGUCCGGGAGUCAAAUUGACCCAAGUCAAGAAGAUAACACGCCAAAUCUCCUCACCAACAUCAACAAGGAGGCAUAUCUUGAUGAUGGUGAUGCUGAAGACUAUUUUGAUCUAAUCAUAGUAGCAUAUUUUAAAGAAGAUAUGGCUCUGUUCCUCCUACCAAGCUCAUCCUUACUUGCAGAUGCGAUGGAGAAAAUAAACGAGGAGUUUAGCCUGGAUCAGGGGACUUACACUCUCAAGUACGAAUCUUUUGAGGGGAGAUGGCCAAAGCUUUACAAUGAUAGACGAUUUACAAUUUGCAAGGAAGUUUGGAGACAGAACCUGAAGGAUCAUAUUAAACUGCGGGUUGAGAAGGACCAUUAGGGACAUGGAACCUACACAUGUGUAAGUCGUGGUGGUCGCCCGAGGAUCAUGGUGGUGGUCAUGGUGGUUGUAUGACUUACAUGUGUGUCAUGGUGGCGGUGGUCGCCGUCGCCGGAGGAUCACGGUGGUGGUCGGAGAUGGUGGCGGUGGUGGUGGUCGGAGAUGAUGAAAAAUGAAUGAGAAUUGUCCCUAACGGUCCUAAAAUAGGUAGUCCAUAAUUUAACUUUCCCUAAUAUAUAUAAUUAUAUAUUUAGUGAGUAAAAUUUGUGAACUUCACUAGAAAGGCAUCCAUGGUGAAUUAUAUUGGCAUCCGAAUUAUACUACCUGCAUAGAGUUUUCAUGUCUUGCUUUUCACGAGUUUAUUGUUAUAUAUGCUCCUUUACGUA